AUGUUAACGAGCAAUACAAGAAAUGCUCAGAAUAUAUGGAUGAAUGUUGACAAAACUGAAGAAACAGGUAAGUCUAGAAACAACUGAUGUUCACUUGAAAGGGAUGAAGAUGAUAUCAUUGCCAAAAGGAAUUUGCAUAUUUUGAAUAUUAGUUAUGAAGUGUAAGCCUGACUCAACAAUGGUUUUAGCGAAACCCAAUUUUGAAGUUAGUUAUUGGCUGCCACGUCAUAACUCACGUUCAGAGAUAUGCUAAGUUGAAUUUGAUAACAGUAUCAGCGGGUUAAAAUCUAUUGGAAACAUAUAUAUCUCAAAUAAAAUAAUUGCAGAUGACAAUCAAUCAAGCCGCCGUAAAUCGCCAAGUAUUUGCUCGAUAGAUUCAGAGACGCGAAUUCGACGAGCUGGCGGCGGAUUUUCGAGAUACAAUCAAGUGACACCGGGAAGAAAAAGCAACAACAGCAAUUAUACAAGUAAUAAUGGUGGAGGAGGGCGUGGCGGAAGACAAUCACGCCAAUUUGGUGGCGCAACUUCGCCAAGCAACUAUUUUGGAAAUGGAAAUGGUGGAGGAUUUAAUAGUAGUAAUGGAGGAAACAGCCCGAUGUAUAAAAGAUCUUCAUUGUAUGUCAAUAGAAAAUACGGAAUCAUUUAAAAACGGUUUUGGAUUAAUCAAGGAUAAAAAAGUGUUCAAUGGUCAAAUUACCUCUUUUAAAAGUGUUGACCAAUGUAACAAUAAUUAAUCAUCCGGAAAAUUGGAUUAGCGAAAAAAGUGUAGUUAGGUUAAAAUACGCGAAAAUUAGUAUUUUGUAGCCUGAAAAUCAUUAAUUAAUUAGGGGAAAUUAAGAAGAUUAGGUUCAAAAAACAACUACAAAAUACAUUUAUUCGUGACCUUAAUUUUAACGUUUAGAAUUUCUAAAUUCCUUUAUUUUGAAAAUUAUAAGAAUUUGGAAAUGGUUGGAAAUAAUUUAGAGUCUGAAAAAGUGAGUUUCCAGGAAAAGUUCGGUUUUUAACCUGUUGAUCAAAAAUUAGGCUUACCUCAAAUUUGAGGAUUAGUUAUGACGUGGCAUCGAGAUGCCACCAUAAAACUACAUAAUGUUUUAUAAAUCUCAAAAAAUCUCAAUAUUUUUUGCAGCUAUAAUCAAAAUGAGUAUAGAUCAUCAUCCUCUUCUACUUCACCCUUCAAUCAUCAUCAAAAUAGCAAUAAUAAUAUGUACAACCAUUCAAAUUCAAAUUUUGCCACUUCAUCUCGCAAUUAUCCACCAUCACACCAAAAUCAACAACGCCGUUUUCAUCAUCCAAUUCAUCGUUCGCCAUCACCGCCACAAAUCUUGAAUUCGGCCAGAAUUCGACGAGAUUCGAGUGAUCGAGAAAGUGGUGGAGGAAGAAGUUCGGUUGGUUCACAUAUACAUCGAUAUCGAGCAGCUGGAACUGCGCCAAGUCCGAGUGCAAGGUUCGAAUUUUUAAGAGAGAAAUUUUUGAUGAAAAGUCGUGAGAAAAAUGGAUUUACAGAUAUUUCUAGCUAGAGAAUCAUGAAAAAUCAUUUUUUCAUUCAUAAGAUUCUAUGAGUUCCCCUUCUCUUAUAGAAUCUUUUGGUUGAAAAAUUGUUUUCCAUGAUUCUCUAGCUAGAAAUAUCUGAAAAUGCAUUUUUCUCACGAUUUCUCAUCGAUUUUUCCAAAACUUUUCUCAAAAUAUUUUUGAUCUACCCGCCAAAAAUCUCUCUUCCAACACAAAAAUUCCAAAAUUUCCCCGAAACUCAGAGAAAUGGGCUGGGCUCAGAGAUUCGCUGGCCAGCUCGCCACCAGAUCGGAGCGGCCACCUGGUAACCGCAUGGCCGCCAGGUCGCCUUGAGUUUUCCGGCGACGUGGCCUGUGUGUUUGAAAUCCUGGAAAGCAGGCAAAAUAGUGGUUUGUACUCAAAACACUGCAUUUUCUACUGUUUUUUUCACUUCCUAAGGUUUCAAGUGCUGCGAAAAAACAGAAAAUGAGCCAAAUUUUUGGAAAAUGCCUCAAUUCACAAGUUUUUCAGACAUUUUCAUGAAAAUUCAUUUUGACGAGGCGAAGUGGCCACCACAUGGUAGCCAUGUGGGCUUGACCUAGCCAGAGCCUGGCCACCUCGCCAGCGAAAAAAACCGGGCGACAUGGUUUCCAUGUGGUUCCCAGGUCAGCCAGCCUCCCCACCUGGUGGCAAGCUGGCCAGCGAAUCUCUGAGGGGAACCGGCGGAAAACUUUCGGAGAUCCAGCCUACGGCUGGCGGUUCGCCGAGAGUUCCCCGCCGGUUAUCCGACAGUUUUCCAUCGUUACUCCGACAGUUCUCCAUUGGUUCUCCGCUAGGCGCUUUUUUGCACUUUUUCGCUCUUCAAACUAGAAAAUUUUCUCCGCCAGUUGUCCGCUGGUUUUCCAUUCUCUGCUUCGAGAACAUUCUUUCGCGCAGGAGAAACAUUGUAGAUCAUUCGGAGAACUGUCGGCGAACAGGCGGAGAACAUUUUUCUCCAUCGGUUUCCCGAAUAUUUUCCGCCGUGUCAUCUAUCCGGCGGUUCUCCAGCCCAUUUCUCUGAGAAAAAUCAAUUUUCCUCAAAAUUGCCUAUUUAUAUUUCUAGUAUAAUAUCAUCACCAUACAAAGAAAGUGCGCUUAAAAUGUCGUCUGAAACAUCAACACCAUCGCAACAACAACAAAUUCAGCCACAACAACAAGCACCGCAACAUUAUCAACCAAUGAUGAAUAUGAAAAGCAUACCGGAAAAGGAACUUCAUCGGUGAGUUUUCGCAUGAAAUUGUUGGAAAUUCAGCAGAAAAAUUGAAUUUUGGCUGAAAUUUGAUCGGAAAAUGGUCGUCACGAUUAUCGCUAGAAAAACCAAAAAAAAAAAAAUGAUGAAAAAGUCAAUUUUCACUGAAAAAUUCCAGAUUUUUGUCAAUCAACCCACAACUUCAAUACAAUUUGCGACUUUUGCCAAUUGCGACAAGCAGUGAACAUGCUCAAUCUGCACCAAUUCCUGUACCUCAACAUCCAUCGCAUCAUCCACAACAACAUCAAAAUAAUCGUCAUUUUUUCCCGUCUUAUGGAUCGAUUGGAACACCUGAAAUGAUGAUGGGUGGUGAGUUUGGGAGGGAAUUAUUGAUUAGAUUUAAUCUAUUUUCAAAGUUUCAAACCCCAAAUAUAUUUUAAAAAUGCUCCAAAUUUUUUUAGUAGAAAAAAUAACAUUUCUCAAUGUUAGCCUCAAAUUUUAAAUUCGGAAUCGUAGAUUUCAUUCUAAAUUUAUUCAUCAUAAUUUUUCGCUGUUUCAAAAAUUUCAUAUACAAAAAUAUAAAUUUCAAAUUUUGGUAGUUUUUUGUUAAAUGUCUGAAUUUUUUAAAUUUUAUCAAACACAUUUCAGAAGUUUCGGAAAAUGAAAAUCCAAACGAAAAUGGCGAUCAAAAUGUGAAUUUUUGCUCAAGACUUCGGGAUGCCUAUAAAGGGUGAGUUUUUUGGGAUUUUUUUGGAGAAAAAAUUGCGGGGUUUAUUGAAAAUUUGGAAAAAAUCAUGGAAAUUUGGCUGGGAAUUUGAGAUUUUCCCCCUGCCAAAACUGAAAAUGUUCCAUUUCCUCUUCCUCAUUCUAAUCUCUUUUUUUUGUAUUUUAUUUAAUACAACACAUUUUUGUGUGUGUGAAGAUAUUGAAAAGAUGUUUUGUAACCAGUUUUUGUGUUGGUUGGGAUGAAUGUGUUUUAGAUUAAUAUCAACAAAUAACAGUUAUGAUAUUCUGUUUGGUAAGACAAAAAGUGAAAGGUUUUUUUUUACAAAAAAAAACGAAACGCGGUGUUGUUUUACGCCGCCUUGUAAACGAAGAAGAUUCACUUUUUUUGACUUUGUGUUGCGUUGUUUUGAAUUUGUUUGUUUUUUUUUGGUUUUAUGGACUUUUUGACACUGAAAUUUGAAUUUUUCGUCGAAUUUCGAUCUGGGAAUUGGAGGAAUUUGAACAGGAAUUUUUUGGUUGAAAAUUGAAUUUUUGAAGAAUACUUGCUUCAGCGUUUAUCUGAAAAUUUUUUGAAAAGCCUGAAAAUUUCCAUUUUUCUAUUUCGUUUCUUAAAAGUUCUCAAUGUUCAACAAAAACCUCAAAAUUUCCAGAGACUAUCUAUAAAAAUUUGAUUUCUCACUUUUGUUCUCUGUUUUUUUUGGUCGCUUCCUGAUUUUUCUCAUUCGUUUUUUUUAUUUUUUGCUAUUUUUUUGUUCUAGCAGUUGUUUUAUUAUUUUCAUUUUCUGAUCUAACUCGAAAACCUUUUUCUAUUUUCUUUUCUCUGAAAUUUGUCCAAAGAUCAAAACAAGUUAGGUUUUUUGUUAUAAAAUUAGAAAACACAAUCUUUAGCUUAUUUUUUAAUUCUGAAAAGUCAAAUUUUCUAGUGAAAUUUUGAAUUGGCUAUAAUAUUUUCUGCAGGUGGAACGUGGUUCACUUUACACCUUGUUCUGAGAGGAGAAAAUGAAGAGAUGAGAAAAGGGAUGAAAAACACAUAUAAUAAUACAAAUAUAUGUUUGUAUUUUCUAUUAUUAGUGAUUGAUUUGAGGCUGGAGGCAAAUUGGUUCAUUUUUUGAUGUAGAACUGUGUUUUUGACUGAAAUUGUGAUUCGUUCAUUGAGAUUUUUAUCAAUUUUCUGUCGACCGCAUUAUAGUUUUAGCUAGAUUGUAUUUUUGCUCGAAAUUAUGAUUUUCCGUCCGAAAAUUGAUUUUUUUCUAGGUUUUUUUCUUGUCGACGAACGAAUCGCGCUGAAAAUUGUCGUUUUUCUUAUAUUUCCUCCGAUAAUUGUAGUUUCUUCGUUCUGCUCGCGAUUUUCAGUUUUUUGAGACCUCGCAGCUUUUUUCGCUUUUUUCAUCUGGAAUUCAUUUCAUCUAUCGAAAAUGUGAAACAAAUUUUGAAAAUUUUCAGUUUUUAUCUGAAUUUUUCAAUUUUUUGACUAGAAAGCUAGUUCUAACCUUGAAGAAAAAUCAGAAAGCAGCAAAACCCUUCUGGUUUUUUGGUCAGAAACAUCUUUUUCCAAAAAAAACUAAGAUAAAAUGAAACCUUUCAAUCCAAAUAAACCUAAAAUGCUCUUUCCUAUCAGUAAGUCAUUCACCGCAAAAAGUUUCAACGAAAACUAAAAUAGCCAAAAAGAGCAAAGUUUAGACAACUUUGGGAGUUUCUACAUGAUGAAAAUUGAAAAUUUCGAGACAAAUCAGAGUUUUGUAGUUUUUCAUGUCACUUUGACAUGAAUGAACAUAAUUUUUGAGCAUAUUUCUGAAACUAGGUUAAAUUUAUCGCCAAAAACUAUAUUCAAGAAUUUGAAAAAUAAUUUUGCAUAAAUUGUGAAAUCUCAAGUCUUAUUGAAAAAUUUUGUCCUCGAAAGGUUGCUUUUUUUUCUGGCGCCAAAAUGUUCUAUCAGAAUAUUCUAUUGGACUUUCUCAGAAACUGUAAUUGACAUUUUUACCUCAAAAUCAUUUUUAUCAAAAUGAUUUUUGUUCUUCUAUUAUUGAAAUUUUUGUCAGCCGACUUUUGGCAUCAGAAAACCAUUAAUUUUGUUGUUCUUCUAUUAAAAAACCACUUUUUCAAAAAGUUCUCUUUUAUUUGUGGUUUACGUGAGAAAAUAUGAGAGGUUUUUAGUCUCUUUUCGCAGUAUUUGACUAACUCUUCUUGGUGUUCCGAAAUGCGCAAAUUUUGCUGAAAUUUUGGAAGUUUUCUAUACAUACAUGGCAUCUUUGCCCAACGGACCCUCCAUGUAAUGAUCCCCCCCUCCCCAAAAUUUUGAAAUGUCAUGAUCCCCCCCUCAAUUUUUUCGUCAAAAAUUUGAAAAAAUAAAUGGUGAAAAAAAAUGAAAAAAAUCAAAGAGAGAGGGGGAGUUUCAUUUUUGACAUAUUUUUUCAGGUUCGAUAAUUUGGAAACUAGUGCUUUAGGAAUAUCGAAUGUAGAGAACGAGCGAAGAGGUCAACGGAUACCUUUCAUCGGCUAA